GACACACGGCCGCGGAAGCAUCUGGGGAAGGAGGUACCGCUUCCCGGGGCGUAGCUGAGACCUGCCCCACCGCCGGCUACGGACUGAGAAACUGAGGCAGAGAGAAUCCUGCCUCCCGUUUCCCCUAGGCCCAGUUCCACGAGAGACGCCGCGACCACGGCCAGGAGCUCCGAGAAGCCAUGGCCCAGAGCCUGCCUGUGGAGAAUCGCAGAGCCCCCAGCCCAGAGGGACACAGCGCAGAACGUCCGGAGCGCAGGAGGGAAAUGCUGGCUUGGAGCCACCUGCUGCUCACCUUGGUGGAGCUGCUCUGCUUCGGGUCUGGCCUCGCUGAGGAGUGCACCAAGUACAAGGUCAGCACCUGCCGGGACUGCAUCCAGUCGGGGCCUGGCUGCUCCUGGUGCCAGAAGCUGAACUUCACUGGGCCAGGAGACCCUGACUCCAUUCGCUGUGACACCCGACAGCAGCUGCUAAUGAGGGGCUGUGUGGCUGAUGACAUCAUGGACCCCAGGAGCCUUGCCGAAACCCAGGAGGACCGGGAGGGGGGUCAGAAGCAGCUGUCCCCACAAAAAGUGACACUUUACCUGCGACCAGGUCAGGCGGCUGUGUUCAACGUGACCUUCCGGCGGGCUAAGGGCUACCCCAUCGACCUGUACUACCUGAUGGACCUCUCCUACUCCAUGCUGGAUGAUCUCAUUAAUGUCAAGAAGCUGGGCGGCGACCUGCUCCGGGCCCUCAACGAGAUCACGGAGUCCGGCCGCAUUGGCUUUGGGUCCUUUGUGGACAAAACUGUGCUGCCCUUUGUCAACACACACCCUGAGAAGCUGAGGAACCCAUGCCCCAACAAGGAGGUGAGCUGCCAGGCACCAUUUGCCUUCAGGCACGUGCUGAAGCUGACCGACAACGCCAACCAGUUCCAGAGGGAGGUUGGAAAGCAGCUGAUCUCUGGAAACCUGGACGCCCCUGAGGGUGGGCUGGACGCCAUGAUGCAGGUCGCGGCCUGCCCGGAGGAAAUCGGCUGGCGCAAUGUCACACGGCUGCUGGUGUUUGCCACGGACGACGGCUUCCACUUUGCGGGUGAUGGGAAGCUUGGUGCCAUCCUGACUCCCAACGACGGCCGCUGUCACCUGGAGGACAACAUGUACAAGAGCAGCAACGAAUUUGACUACCCGUCGGUGGGCCAGCUGGCGCACAAACUGGCCGAAAGCAACAUCCAGCCCAUCUUUGCCGUGACCAAGAGGAUGGUGAAGACCUACGAGAAACUCACCGAGAUCAUCCCCAAGUCAGCCGUCGGGGAGCUGUCCGAGGACUCUGGCAACGUGGUCCAGCUUAUCAAGAACGCCUAUAAUAAACUCUCCUCCAGGGUCUUCCUGGAUCACAGCACCCUCCCCGACACCCUGAAAGUCACCUAUGACUCCUUCUGCAGCAAUGGAGUGUCACACAUUGGCCAACCCAGAGGGGACUGUGACGGCGUGCAGAUCGGUGUCCCGAUCACCUUCCAGGUGAAGGUCACGGCCACAGAGUGCAUCCAGGAGCAGUCAUUUGUCAUCCGUCCUCUGGGCUUCACAGACACAGUGACUGUUCAGGUCCUUCCCCAGUGUGAGUGUCAGUGCCGGGACCAGAGCCGGGACCGCAGCCUCUGCCAUGACAAAGGCUCCUUGGAGUGUGGUGUCUGCAGGUGCGACGCUGGCUACAUCGGGAAAAGCUGUGAGUGCCAGACGCAGGGCCGGAGCAGCCAGGAGCUGGAAGGAAGCUGCCGGAAGGACAACAACUCCAUCGUCUGCUCGGGGCUGGGGGACUGCAUCUGCGGACAGUGCGUGUGCCACACCAGCGACGUCCCUAACAAGCAGAUCUACGGGCAGUACUGCGAGUGUGACAACGUCAACUGCGAGCGCUACGACGGCCAAGUCUGCGGAGGCCCAAAGAGAGGGCUCUGCUUCUGUGGCACGUGCAACUGCCAGAUCGGCUACGAGGGCUCGGCCUGCCAGUGCCAGAAGAGCACGGACGGCUGCCUGAACCAGCGGGGCGUGGAGUGCAGCGGCCGGGGCCGGUGUCGCUGCAACGCUUGCGAGUGCGACCCAGGCUACCAGCCGCCCCUGUGCCAGGAGUGCCAGGGCUGCAACUUCACCUGCAGCAACCACACCUUCUGUGCAGAGUGUCUGCAGUUCAACACGGGCCCCUUCAAGAAGAACUGUAGCGCAGCGUGCAGCGGCCUACACCUGCGGGAGGAGCCCCUGAGCUGGAGGACGUGCAAGGAGCGGGACUCGGAGGGCUGCUGGAUGACCUACACGAUGAGUCAGCGGGACGGGUGGGACCAGUAUGACAUCCAUGUGGAGAAAACCCGAGAGUGUGUGGAGGGCCCCAACAUCGCUGCCAUCGUAGGGGGCACCGUGGCAGGGGUUGUGCUCAUCGGUGUCCUGCUCCUGGUCAUCUGGAAGGCUCUGACCCACCUGAGUGACCUCCGGGAGUAUAAGCGCUUUGAGAAAGAGAAACUCAAGUCCCAGUGGAACAACGAUAACCCCCUUUUCAAGAGCGCCACCACGACAGUCAUGAACCCUAAGUUUGCCGAAAGUUAGGAGCCAAUCAGCAGGACUCCCACCACCACAUCUCCCCCAUCACACAACCAAGACGCUUACAGCUCUAGACCGUGGCACCAAUUAACCAAAAAUCCACUGCUUUUUCUAUUCUUAACCUGACAGAUAAAGGCAGGUAUUUAUAUAGACACCCCCCAACCAGGAGGAGCAGCCUCCCCUUCUGAUGUACACAGAUCUUUCCACAGGAGGGUGGGUGGGAGGCAGGGAGGAUUGCUUAAGUCUUGGGAGGCUGGACCCAGGGUUUCCUAUGUGCAAGUUAGGUGAGCGGUCUGGUUAAAGGUGAUGCCAGUUUGUUUAUAUUUAAACAUAUCAGAGUAUAAAACAAAAUUGAUUAUACUGUUAACCAAUCAUGUGCAUGGAAAAAAAAAUAAAACCUCAGUGCAAGCUGUC